AUGCUGCUGAAAAUCACCCAUAAACCGUCACAAAUCAUCUCAACCACCACCACCAACACCACGACCAAACCACGAAAGAAACACAACAUUGAACAAUACAUCGAAUCAGAACAACUAUUCCUCGAAAAUGGUCUCUCACAACUCCGAUACUACGUCCUAAUGGAAGGACUUACCAUUCCCGAAGGAUAUGAUCAAUGUCCGUAUCGAUCCUACGUCUGGUCAAUCCUUCUCCGUGUGCCUCCAUUCUCAACUCAUGACUAUAUGAAAUUAUUAUCACUGGCUGAAUCAUCUAUCCUGGGUGAAGUAUUGGCCAAGAUUAAGAAUGAUACUUUUAGGACAUUGAUGAAUGAUAAGAAAUUUCAUCAAAAAGUGAGUGAAGAUACUUUGAUAAGAGUUUUGAGUUGUAUUGCAAUAACCACUGACAAUAAAGCGGGAUAUGUUCAAGGAUUGAAUGUGUUGUUGGCGCCAAUUGCAUAUGUUUGUCAUAAGAGUGAGCCUCAAUCGUUUGCUAUUUUGCAUAAUUUGAUCACGAAUCAUAUUCCAUUAUAUAUUACUCCUGAUUUAGAAGGGGUUCAUACUGCAAUUAGUUUGGUAGAAGUGGUUUUAAAGAUUAUUGAUCCGAUUUUGAGUGAAUAUUUUAAUUCAAAAUUGUUAAAUGCUGAAAUAUAUGCAUUUGCUCCGAUAUUGACCUUAUGUGCAAGUACCCCACCCUUGAAGUCAGUACUUAAACUUUGGGAUUUCUUAUUUGCUUAUGGUACUCAUAUGAAUAUUUUAUUUGUGGUUGCACAAUUAAUCAUAAAUCGUACAAGUUUAUUACAAUCAGAACAACCAAUGAAAAUUUUACGUAAUUGGCCAAAUUUACAAGAAAAUGAAAUAAUUAAAUUAAGUCUAAACAUGGAUAUGAUAAAUCAGUUCCCUUUGAAUUAA